GCUUGAGCGGGGGAUACUGAGCUUUCCUCGGGACAGAACAGGGUCCAUCUCUCACCGGACAUUAGUGCUGAAUGACUGGAGGCGCGAAGGGCUGCCCGCUUGAUUCGGAAAAGGAAAAUUAUUUGCUAUGUUGGUCUGGACUAGCUGUUGACGAGUGUGUUCCACUGGACAGAGCCACGCUGUAAUAUUUCAUUCAUCCAGCAGCAGAGGACGUUUUCACCCAUGGAGGUUGAAUGUCUCGCCUUGAAAGACCUUACAAAUCCAAGGAAAAGUUUUACGGUGGGGGCAGAAGAGGAAGAGGAGGAUGGUGGGCACACCGAACAAAAGGAAAACAUCUGUGCAGAGCGGAGAAGAUCCACGCCUCUGAAAUCUGCAGAGUCCACUGCCCCUUCUUUGCUGAUGAAUAGAAAAGGUGCCAACACCGACCUGGCCCACAUCACGCCUAUCAAACACACAGUCCUGGCCGAGCCGUGGACACCCACAGCCAAUCUGAAGAUGCUGAUCAGUGCAGCGAGUCCAGACAUUAGAGACCGGGAGAUGAAAAAGGUGCUGUUCAGACCCAUAGAGAACGAGAAGGACAAGCCAGCGAGUCCAGAUACAGUGAUGGAGGAUACAGAGGUGGACGACUCUUCUCAUUUUGAAGCCGUGGAUGAAGAGGAUGAGGCAGAGAAAAAGCCAAGCAGGAAGCAAAAGAGUCUGGGUCUACUGUGCAAAAAGUUCCUGGCCCUCUACCCGGAGUACCCCGAACCGCACAGCCCCAUCUGGAUCUCACUGGACGAGGUGGCAACCAGCCUUGGAGUGGAACGGAGGCGGAUCUACGACAUUGUCAAUGUACUCGAGUCUCUGACAAUUGUCGGUCGUAUAGCCAAAAACAGCUACACCUGGUAUGGACGUCAGCAGCUGGAUGCCACGCUGGAGGAUCUGCAGCGUAGAGGCCGGCAGCAGGGCUACCACCUCCAGAUGGAGCUGACUGCCAAGGCACGGGGAGCCGGGCCUGGGCGCGAGGAUGAUGUAGGGGAGGGGGAUGCUGGCAACGCUGGCGGCAACAGGAAAGACAAAUCUCUGCGCAUCAUGAGUCAGAAGUUUGUCAUGCUGUUCCUGGUGUCCAAAUCUUUGACUGUUACUCUGGACGCUGCAGCAAAGAUACUCAUUGAGGAGAGUCAGGACUCAUCAAGUCACAGCAAGUACAAAACUAAGGUGCGGCGACUUUACGACAUUGCCAACGUCCUGACCAGCCUGGGCCUUAUAAAGAAGGUGCACGUCCGUGAGGAAAGAGGCAGGAAGCCAGCCUUCAAGUGGCUCGGCCCUGUAGAAUUCAACAACUCUGGAAAUGCCAGAAAUACUUUGAAUGUAGCAGCUGUUGCUCCUCCUAAUGCUGAGCAGCCAAUGACAGGCCAGAACCUCAGAAAAGCCAAGAUGGCACGGCACGCCUCCUUCAAUAUCACGCCAACGUCUGUGGCUGUCCAACGGCAGGUCUACUCUGCCCCCAGCAGCCCAAGGCCAGAGCGAACUGGUUUUCCAAAUCAGCCGGUCGAUUAUUCCCGGAAGACUACAAGCAACAACGCGGUGUGUCGACUGCAGUUCGGAAACAGCUCUGAUAAUCAACCCAGUACAGCACAACAGACACACACCCACAGCAGCAGCAAUGGCCAGCUACCUCCGUCCUCCACCCACACCACCCCACUGGCACCUUCCCUCCACCCAGAGUACCUCCUCACCUCUGCCUCCUCGCCGCACUGCCUGGCGUACCUGCCCAGCCUGUCUCAGCCCUCUGUGGUCAUGCUUUACGGGUCGCUAGGCCAGUCUGACCAACUGCCUGAAGGUCAGAGGUCACCUAGGUUGGAGUCGGAGGAGGGAAGAAAGAGGAAAAGGGAAGAGAGGGAGGAGGAGGUGGUGAAAAAGAAGGGAAUGCCAGGUUUAGAGGAAUCUGACAGGGCGAGAGUUGGACCUCCUAGGGAAGCAGAGGAAAGUUCACAGACUGAUGCCACCAGGAUUUCUAUCAAUCACCCCACAGAUCUUGGUGGCAAUAAGAGUAGCGAGCCCACCCAGCCGUCACACUACCUCUAUGUACCUAACAAUGCAGGUCUGAACAGCCUCAACUUCUUCCUCUCUGCUGGUCAACCACCAGCCAGUCUAGCACUUCCUUCCAGUGGCGUUCCCACUCUGGCGCUGCCGUACGUCCUGGUGCCCUCUUCUGCCCUUUCUCAGUACCCCCUGGUCACUAAUGGUCUACAACAGCAAGGCUCAGACGCCCACACUAAACUCAGCUUCAGUCUGCCCACUGUGAUGUCACCCGCCCACUUUACAGCCUAUAGUCUGACGACAGCAGCAGCGCCGGACGUCAGCUGGUCGCCGGUUCCAUCACCUUCCACCCCAGAACAGAGCAGACAGUACGGGUUGACUGCUGCCACUCCACAUUCACCCCAAGUACCAAGGCAGACUGUUCGCACCAGCACACCAGAACAACUGACUCCACAAACGCCAAAGGAUACCACAGCAUCUGCGUCCAAAUCUUUCUUCCAGACCCCGGGAACUCUGGGAAGUGCAGUCAGUGGUGUGCCAACAUCUGGACGAAAAAGAGGCACUGCUCAGAGAAGACUGGAUGUUGGCCACCCACCACCGACCAGCUAAAUACGUGACGAGGUGGAAUCAGUGCUGACACCCAGGUGUUUGUCCCAAAGGCAUAAAAGAACAGUUUAAUCCAUUGGUGCUUUUUUUGUAAAUGAAUUAAGGGAUUUAUUCUGAAGUAUAUUUUAGAAUAAGACAGUUUGACGAGACCUAAAUGUCCCACAUUUUGUUGUUGACUGUAAAUUCUAACCAACUGUCGAGUGUCUCAUUUAGAAAAGAAACUCUUACCACUGGUUGUUACGUUAACUGUUUAAUACGUGUGCUGGAAGUUCUGUUGCUGGGCACUUGAUUUCAGUGUAAGUGAAGCAGUAUUGCCAAUAUAACAGUGCCCUCCUGUGGUGGGAGUCAGCCACUGCUGUAUUUUUUUUUAUUAUUCCACAUUUAAUUUGCCCUCUUGGAUGUGAUCAAGCUACCUAAUCCCCAUCACUUGUGUAUUAUAGUCCAAUUUUUAUUUAUAUUUUAGCUAAUAUAUGAUGAAUACAGGGACUGUAACUGAACAUUUACACCCACCCCCCUUUUAUCAGCACUAAAUAUUUGAAUGUACAUCUGAUUUGAAAGUGAUUGCCAGGCCCAUCUGGUUUUGCCACAUUUAUCACGGUAUAAUAGGAAAAUGUAUUAGCUGCUUGUCAAUCCUCUGUUGACACAGUCCAGAUGUUACUGUGAGGAAAAAAUCACUAAAGCCUUAAAUGUUUACAGCCAGCAACAGAGUUCCUAGUCUUGUUGAUGCACAGUGGCACUGGCAGAUGCAUUGAUUUACAUGUCGGGAAGAGAAAAACGCCAGUGCUGAGAAUUUACAACCAUUGUGCUUAAUGGUUUUAAUGCCAAAUCCUUGAGCUCUCUUGCUGGCAGCUGACAGACAAUGUGACAAUGGGACGAUGCUCUCAGGUACUUGAAUACUUGUGACUUUACUAGAAGUAGAUAUCAAAGUACUGUAAAGAUAUUUUUAAAUCUAUAAUUUAUCCUACUAAAGUAAAGUGAGCUCAUAGCAUCUGUUGGGAUUUUUUUCCCCCAAAGCAACAUCACAUCCAUGCUGUCCAACACAUUUGGGAAAUUUCCAGUAUGACCACAGUUGGCUGGUGUAGUUGGGGUUGAAGUGCCUUGCUUAAAGGCAUCUUGCUGAGAGGUUAUGCAGGGAUUUGUAUUGACAACCCUCUGGUAACACACCCACUGACUCACUUCCACUCAGUCUGUAAAGUAAUGGUGCUUAGUGACGCCACACCAAAGGAUACACAGAUAAUCCACCGUGACUAGUGGGAUGUGUUGUCAUUAAUGUACAAAUUUACAUCUUUCUUUUUUUUUUUGCAAUGUAUUCAUAGUGACAUGUAAUGUUUAUUGUACUGAAAAUAAUGAUAAAUUGCACUGCUAGUUUUAAUAGUUGUGUCUCUUGAACUGUGUAAAACCUGGUGCUGGUACCAAACUCCACCUCUUUUCUGUAGCUAUAUGGACCAACUCUGUUUUCUCCUGCAAGACCUGAAACACACUCGAAAUAAAUAAAUAAAUAAAUAAACAUGGUGCUGAA